CAUAUCUUCUUGAUGGCCGUUUUUAUCCGCAUCAUCAUUUUUGUCCUACAGUUCAUGCAUUAACUCAACUAUUUCAAGAAGUUAUGCCAUACAUUAAUAAUUUUGUUCCUAAAUCUGAGAAUGAAAUACAUACUGGAUUAUAUAGAGAGUAUGGAGAACUAGUAACUCUUCUUAAUACUAAUAUUACUUUACAAGAAGCAGUAAAAGAAUUACAUCCUCGUGACUGGUGGAAUGGUAAGGUCGAAGAUGAAUCAGUAUGGUUAUCAGAUAUUGAACAUGAAGUUAACAAUGAAGAAACUAAUUUUUGGGAAAGUUUUGAUAAACUUGCUGAUCAA